AUGGAGAAUGUUAGCAUGAAUGAUGUGAGUGAACCUAUUUUUGGGAUGUUAUUCAAUUCAGAACAGGAUGCAUAUGAUUAUUACAAUAGUUAUGGAUGGGUAAUGGGGUUUAGUGUUAGGAAACACUUUCUGAAUAAGAGCAAGAAAGACAAGAUGACCAUAACAUCUAGGGGAUUUGUCUAUUCAAAAGCUGGUUGUUGGUUGAGUGAUAAGCGAGACAUCAAUACUGCUAACCCCCGAGCUGAGACAAGAACAGAUUGCCAGGCACGAAUGAACAUAUGUUUGGUUGAUGAUGGAAAAUACAAAUGUUGUGACUUUGUGAAGGAACAUAAUCAUGAGCUUCAUAUUACAUCAACAAUUCAUAUGAUGAGUUCACAGAAGAAUAUGUUAGACAUACAUAGGCAAGAAAUUGAUUUGACAGAUGACUCGGGGAUCAGGCCUAGAUCCACAGUUGAGUUGAUGGGUAGGCAGGCUGGUGGGAUCAAAAACCUGAGUUGUUUGACCCAAGAUGUUAGGAACUAUCUCCGCACUAAAAGACAACGUGCCUUGACAUAUGGUGAAGCAGGUAAUUUGAUGAAGUACUUUGUUACCCAAACUAGGAAUAACCCAUCUUUCACAUACUCGUUUCAACUGGAUAGUGAAGAACAAAUAACUAACAUAUUUUGGGCUGAUCCAAAAAUGAUCAUUGACUACGCACAAUUUGGAGAUGUAGUCAGCUUUGACACUACAUUUCGCACUAAAAAAGAGUGUAUGCCAUUUGGGUUAUUUACUGGAUUCAAUCAUCAUAGAGGGUGCACUGUAUUCAGGGUCGAUCUUUUAUAUGAUGAGACAGUGGAAUCUUUCGAAUGGUUGUUUGAGAAUGGCAUUACACAUUUGGGUCAUAUGAUGAAAGAUGGCUCCAAGUUUCUUACAGAUUUAAAGAAAUGCAUAUACCAAUACGAUGUGAAAGAUGAAUUCAAGACAGCAUGGCAUAAUUUGCUGAACGAGUAUGUUGUUAAGGAUAUGAAGCGUGGUAAUGAAUUAAAAGCUGAAUUUGAUGCACGAAAUAAGAUGCCACGACUUGCAAAUUCAAUGUCAAUUAUACAGAAACAAGUUCGGGAACUCUACACUCCUCGUAUUCCUGAAUGCUAUAUUUUGAAGAGAUGGACACGGGGAGCAAGAACUAUGGUGGUCAAUGACAGUAGGGGGAAAGAAGUUGAACAAGAUGUCAACUUGGAUUGUACGCAACGGUAUAAGCGUAUUUGUCUUGAACUUAUUCAAAUAGCAUCAGAAGCUUCAAAUACAAUUGAGGGAUACAAUUUGGUGAAAGAUGCUGCGAAUGAAUUAAGGUUGAAGCUUGGUAAUAUUAGAAUCAACCCAAUUGAUUGCCCUGAUAUACUAAUAUUUCCUGAUUUCUCUGAUAACGUAUACCCAGGAUUACGUUUGAAGCAUAAAGAGAAAAGUACAAGAGGUGGUAGACGGUUAAAGAGUUGA